AGAAACUUGCAGCAAUAUAGUGGAGUAUAAAUUUACAUUGCUGCAAUUAACCAUACUUUAUAAUUUAACAUGGAAAAGGAAACCGACGAUCAUUCUGGAGAUCCGAAAGAGCAGAACAGCCAGUGGGCGGCCAUCGACAGGCUACCUACCUCUCGACGGCUGAGAUGUUCUCUGCUCGAAGGCAAUAUCGUAGACGUCUCCAAGCUUGCCGCCGCCGACAAGCAUCUGCUCCUUGCGAAGCUCCUCAACCACAUCCAGAACGGCAACCUCCGACUGCUGGAGAAAAUCAGAUGCAGAAUCGAUAGUGGCGGCGGACUGAGACAGAGCUCCGCGACGGCGCCGAUUGAAGUUAGGUUUAGCAAUCUCAGCGUGGAAGCUGAAUGUCAGGUGGUGUACGGUCAAUCGCUCCCUACGCUUUGGAAUUCCCUCACAAACGUGUUCCGGAAUGCAGGCAGAUUUCUUGGUUUCCCGUCGCGAGAGGCACAGAUAAACAUAAUACACGAUGUUAGUGGUAUCAUCAAGCCAGGAAGAUUGGCUUUAUUACUUGGUCCUCCCGGGUGUGGGAAGAGUACACUCUUGAAAGCUCUUUCUGGAAACUUGAGCAAAUCACUCAAGGUUUCUGGUGAGGUUUCAUACAAUGGAUACAGACUCGAAGAAUUUGUAGCACAAAAAGUUUCAGCCUACGUAAGCCAGUAUGAUCAGCAUAUCCCUGAUCUUACUGUCAGGGAAACACUUGAUUUUUCAUCUCUCUGUCAGGGGGUUGGAAAUAGAGCAGAGCUUCUGGCAGAACUCAUCAGAAAGGAGAAAGAAGCGGGAAUAGUUCCGGAUCCAGAUAUAGAUGUUUUCAUGAAGGCAAUUGCUGUGGAAGGACAGGGGACAAAUCUUCAGACAGACUAUAUACUUAAGAUUCUAGGCCUCGAUGUAUGUGCUGAAGUACUUGUUGGAGAUGUCAUGAGAAGAGGAAUCUCUGGUGGUCAGAAGAAGAGACUGACCACGGGUGAGAUGCUUGUUGGGCCAGAAAAGGUGUUAUUUAUGGACGAAAUCUCAAAUGGUUUAGACAGCUCAACAACAUUUCAGAUUGUCUCUUACCUCCAACAACUCGCGCACAUCAAUGGUGCUACAAUACUUGUUUCUCUUCUCCAGCCAGCACCAGAAACCUUUAAUCUCUUUGAUGACAUCAUCCUAAUGGCUGGGGGAAAGAUUGUGUAUCAAGGACCUCGAACUGAUAUUUUAGAAUUUUUCGAUGGUUGUGGAUUUAAGUGUCCAACAAGGAAAGCGACGGCUGAUUUUCUCCAAGAGAUCAUGUCAAGAAAAGAUCAAGAGCAGUAUUGGGUCAAAACUCAACAAAAAUACAGUUAUAUUUCAGUUGAAAUGUUAUCAAGAAAAUAUAAAGAGUCCCCUCAGGGGAAGGAGCUUGGUAUGGAGCUUGCUGUGCCAUUUGACAAGUCCAAGCAUAACCAGAAUGCAAUAAAUUCUAGUGUUUACUCACUUCCUAAAUGGGAUCUUUUUAGAGCCUGUGCCUCAAGAGAAUUUCUUCUCAUGAAAAGGAACUACUUUGUGUAUGUUUUCAAAUCUGUUCAGCUUAUCAUUGUUGCAUCUGUUACCAUGACUGUUUUUUUGAGGAGUCAUAUGGGUGUUGAUGUUCUCCAUGCCAACUACUAUUUGGGAGCUCUUUUUUAUUCCCUAAUUGUUAUAGUUACUGAUGCACUGCCUGAGCUUUCUAUGACUGUUGAGAGACUCGGAGUUUUUUACAAACAGAGAGACUUAUAUUUCUAUCCAGCGUGGGCUUAUGCAAUUCCUACCACCCUUCUUAAGAUUCCUCUUUCGUUGUUGGAGGCUGCACUGUGGACAUCCUUUACUUACUAUACUAUUGGAUACAGUCCAGAGGCUUGGAGGUUUUUUCGCCAAAUGUUUUUAUUUUUUGCUGUGCACUUUACCUCUAUAUCCAUGUACCGCUUCGUGGCAGCAGCUUUCCGAACUGUGGUUGCAUCUUCCAUGGCUGGUGCUCUGUUGGUAAUAACUGUUUUGUUGUUCGGUGGAUUUAUUAUUCCAAAGCCAUCCAUGCCAAUUUGGUUAAAGUGGGCCUUUUGGGUUUCACCUGUCUCAUAUGGGGAGAUAGGCCUCUCAAUAAAUGAGUUUCUUGCUCCUAGAUGGCAAAAGCAAUUGCCUGGGAAUAAAACAAUUGGAAAUUUAAUACUUGAAAACCGUGGAUUGAACUUUGAUGGGCAUAUGUUUUGGAUAUCGAUUGUUGCUCUUCUGGGUUUUACAUUACUCUUCAACACUUUCUUUGCAUUGGUCUUAAGCUUCUAUAAAUCUUUGGAUGCCCGUGCUAUUAUUUCUUCUGAAAAACUCUGUGAGUCAUGUGAUAAAGUAUUGGACAAUAACAGCCAUGCAAAGAAACAAUUCAAACUCUCUCCCACAAGCACAAAUGAUAGAUCUCACAGAGGUACAAUGGUUUUACCUUUUGAACCAUUAAGUGUAGUGUUUCAGGAUGUUCAGUACUAUAUUGAACCCCCUAAGGCAUUGAAGGAACGCGGCUUUGCUCAGAAGAGGCUUCAACUUCUUUGUGACAUCACUGGUGCAUUUAGACCUGGAGUUUUGACUGCUUUAAUGGGUGUCAGUGGAGUGGGAAAAACAACACUUCUUGAUGUUCUUUCUGGUAGAAAAACUAGUGGCACUGUUGAAGGAGUUAUAAAAAUUGGAGGCUAUCCUAAAGUUCAAAAGACCUUCGCCAGGAUUUCAGGUUACUGUGAACAAACUAAUGUUCAUAGUCCCCGAAUCACCGUGGAAGAAUCAGUUACUUUUUCUGCUUGGCUUCGUCUUCAUCCUGAUAUUGAUUCAAGGACAAAAUCUGAGUUUGUGAGAGAAGUGCUUGAAAUCAUUGAGCUUGAUGGAAUUAAAAAUGAUUUAGUGGGCAUCCCAGGAGUUGAUGGCCUGUCAACUGAACAACGGAAGCGGUUGACAAUUGCUGUGGAACUUGUUGCUAACCCAUCUAUAAUCUUUAUGGAUGAACCCACAACUGGACUGGAUGCUAGAGCAGCAGCAAUCGUUAUGCGGGCAGUCAAGAAUGUUGCUGACACUGGGAGAACAAUUGUUUGCACCAUACACCAGCCAAGCAUAGAUAUAUUUGAAGCGUUUGAUGAGUUACUACUUCUGAAAACCGGAGGACGCAUGAUCUAUUGUGGCCCAUUGGGUCAUAAUUCCUGUGAUGUAAUCCGGUACUUUGAGGGUAUCUCUGGUGUGCCAAAAAUUAUAGACGAUCGUAAUCCAGCAACAUGGAUGUUGGAGGUCACUUCAGCUUCUUCUGAAGCUGAUCUUGGCUUAGACUUCUUUCAAAUUUACAUGAAUUCUGCUUUGCAUGAGAGUAACAAAGAGCUUGUGAGGAAUUUGAGCACACCUAGUCCAGGGUCAAAAGAUUUAUAUUUUCAUAGCCCCUACUCUCAGAAUGGUUUUGGACAAUUCAAAACCUGCCUUUGGAAGCAGUAUUGGUCUUAUUGGAGAAGUCCUUCAUACAAUCUGAUGCGCUUAAUUUACAUGAUUGCUGCAUCUUUUAUUUACGGUUUCCUUUUUUGGGAUCACGCCAAGAAAAUACAAAAUCAACAGAGUUUAUUCACUCUCCUCGGUGCAAUGCACGGCGCAGCAAUCUUCUGUGGCAUUAUCAAUUCCAAAACAGUGCUAAAAUACAUCAGCACAGAGCGACCAGUUUUCUACAGAGAAAGAUUUGCUGGGAUGUAUGCUUCAUGGGCUUAUUCUGCUGCACAGGUCAUAAUUGAGAUUCCAUACGUCUUAGCUCAAGCACUUGCAUUCACAGUGAUCACUUAUCCAAUGAUCGGAUACUAUUGGUCAGCAUAUAAAGUGUUUUGGUAUUUCUACUCUAUAUUCUGCACACUUCUGUACUUCACUUACCUUGGCAUGCUGCUGAUCGCAAUCACCCCAAGCUUUUCCUUAGCUGCAAUUUUGGAGUCUGCCUUCUACAUGAUGUUCCACUUGUUUUCUGGAUUUCUGAUUCCUCUCCCGCAAAUUCCCAAGUGGUGGGUGUGGUUUUACUAUGUGGUUCCAACUUCUUGGUCGUUGAAUGGGUUUUUCACUUCACAAUUUGGAGACAUGCAGCAGCAAGAAAUCACAGUUUUGGGAGAGACCACCAACAAGAGAGUGGCAGUGGCAGUAUUUGUUAGAGAUUACUUUGGAUUUGAUUACCAAAUGUUGCCCUUAGUGGGUGUAGUUUUGGGUUUAUACCCACUUCUUUUAGCUUCUGCAUUUGCUUAUUGCAUAGGCAACUUAAACUUCCAAAGGAGGUAGGUUGGUAGGCAAACCUCUACCUUUGUAGCCCUACCCUACCCCACCCCUCAUUUGCAAUUAUAAAAUAAACGAUUAAAUAAAUUGACGAUAAAAUAGCUUGUAGUAAUGUAUUAACUUCUCAAUCUUAAUCUA